AUGCCUUCAUCAGCUCCCUCCAGCGCAAAUCAAAUGCAAAACGAGGCCAUUUCGCAGCACAAACCUGAGAUAUCGUUGAAAGACCGCUUUUUCCGCUACUUUCAACAUGAGAUUACAGCUCUUCAGGAGCAAAUGGACCGUCUAGGUGACACUGCGCUAAUUGGAGGGGAGCGCACGGAUGCUAUAGAUCAUUGCUUAGCUGGGAUUGCUCGACUAUCAAGUGAGGUUAAGGAUGCGUCAGCCUCCAUUCCCCCAUAUGACCAGCGGAUAUAUGCCAACGCGAUCAAAGCUCUCCAAGACAAGCUCGCAGAAGCACGAGCAAGCUUUGCGCCACGAUCUAAGUUUUCCUUCAAAACCGCGCGCAAGAACCCGUCUGCGAUAUCCUUGGCAGAUGCUGCUGAGAUAGCAGCUCAGGGUCGUCGACACAUUCCUGGUUACAGAUCCAAUGAUAACUCGAUGCAGUCGUCUGCCAGCCCGUCGCCGAUAUUAUGUUCAACUUCCAUGAAUGAUCGCCUGCCCUCUCCCCGACAAGAAGCUUCAGCUCCUCUUGAGGCCCCCGAAGAAUUACAAAAGAGUGACACCAAUAAGCCCAGCAACUCCGCCUCUGGGGCCUCGUCCGUUUCUGUCAGUUCCCAUACCGGUGUUCAUAUAGUGUUACCGACGUCUGCAUCACAUGCCACUGUGCCUGCAUCGAUAACGUCGUUACAUCAGUGCGUUGUGGACAUGACAGUUCCCACGGCGGAUUGGCGACCAUUUGCUGGCCUUGUAAUAAAGGAGGUUACCGAAAGCCUUCUCCUCUGCGGACAAGUGGAUGGCUCGGCGCAUAUUACUGGAGUCAAUCACAGCACUAUAGUGGUUUCCUGCCACCAAUUCCGAAUGCACGAUUGCGUCGAUGUGGAUGUCUACCUAAGCUGUUCUAGCAGACCAAUCAUUGAAGAUUGCAGCAAUAUCCGAUUUGGCAAAAUUCCCGAAAUUUAUGCCCCUAAAUCCGUAGAUAGCACCCAGCCAAACCUCUGGGAUCAGGUGCAGGAUUUCAAGUGGAUCAAAGUGGAACAGAGCCCUAAUUGGAGUAUCAUCAAUGAAUCUGAAAGAGUCCCACAUGAUGUGUGGGAAAACACUGUUCCAGGUGGACCAGGAACGUCAGUGGACACCAUUUUAAAGUCUGUAAAGGUGAUCUUAUCUUGA